GGCCAGGCGCCGGAAGUGUUUGCCGACGCGCCGCGGAGCUUCCGGCGCGGGCAGGGCGCGAGGGCGCCAGCGGGAGAGGGAGAAGCGGGCGAACGGGCGGAAGGAAGGAGGCCGUCCGUCGGUCCGUCCGUCCGUCGCGGGUCUUGGUCUUCGUCGGGCCCUCGUGAGUCACCCGGAAGGGGCGCUUCAGACCAUAAUUUCCAGCCAUGGGUGAUAGUGACGACGAGUACGACCGCAGGCGGCGGGAUAAAUUCCGCCGUGAAAGGAGUGACUAUGAUCGCUCUCGAGAACGUGAUGAUCGAAGGAGAGAUGAUUGGAGUGACAGGGAGUGGGACAGGGGCCGAGAACGUCGGAGCAGAGGCGAAUACCGUGAUUACGAUCGGAACCGGAGAGAGCGGUUUUCCCCACCUCGCCACGAGCUCAGCCCACCACAGAAACGUAUGCGUCGAGACUGGGAUGAGCACACCGCUGACCCCUAUCACACCGGCUAUGAGAUGCCCUACACUGGGGUCUCCACUGGCCCCACAUAUGGACCUCCCCAACCCUGGGCUCACCCUGAGAUGCAUGUGACGCAGCACCACAUCUUACCAAUCCAAGCCAGGCUGGGCAACAUUGCUGAGGUGGACUUGGGGAUCACCCCUCCUGUGAUGAAGAGCUUCAAGGAGUUUCUCCUCUCCUUGGACGAUUCCGUGGAUGAGACGGAGGCCGUGAAGCGCUACAACGACUACAAGCUGGACUUCAGGCGGCAGCAGAUGCAGGACUUUUUCCUGGCGCACAAAGACGAGGAGUGGUUCCGGUCCAAGUACCACCCGGAUGAAGCCGGCCGGAGGAAGCAGGAGUCCCACAACGCCCUCCAGAACCGCCUGAACGUCUUCCUGUAUCUCAUGGACAAUGGCUGGUUUGAGAACUUGCAGCUGGAUAUUGACAAAGCCAACACCAUCAUCAAAGUCUUGGAUGCUGCCGUCAUUAAAAUGGAAGGUGGGACAGAGAAUGAUCUGAAAAUCCUAGACCAGGAGGAAGAGGAAGAGCGGCAGGAGAAGGCUGAGCCCGGGAAGAAGGAGGAAAACAGGCUCUUGGAGUUGGAUCGCAAAGGCUCAGAGAAGGAUGACAAGAAAGAAGAGGCCAAGAAGACCAGCAACGAGGAGACCGCAGAGGACAAAGCAAAGAAGGCCUCAGAAAGUGAGGAGAAGCGGGCUGAGAAGAAAGACGAGCCGGACAAAGAGGCCAAGAAGACCAGCCACAAGCGCAAGCGGAAGCACAGUGGAGAUGACAGCUACGACGAGGGCAGUGUUUCCGAGUCUGACUCUGAAUCGGAAAGCGGGCGUCCCGAAGAGGAUGAGAAGGAAGGUGAAAAGCCCAAAGAGGAGAAGGCAGCCACCAAGGAGGGCGAGGAGUCUCCCAAAGCCAAGGAGAAGGAGGGAGAGCCCAAGCCCCGUCCAUUGCACAAGACCUGCUCCCUCUUCAUCCGCAACAUCGCCCCCAACAUCUCGCAGGCAGAGAUCGUAGCACUUUGCAAACGCUACCCUGGCUUUAUGAGAGUGGCACUCUCCGAUCCUCAGCCGGAAAGAAGGUUUUUCCGAAGAGGUUGGGUUACCUUUGAUCGCAGCGUCAACAUCAAGGAAAUCUGCUGGAAUCUUCAGAACAUUCGGCUGCGAGAUUGUGAACUCAGCCCCGGGGUGAACCGUGACCUGACCCGCCGCGUCCGCAACGUCAGCGGCAUCACGCAGCACAAGCAGAUCUUGCGCAACGACAUCAAGCUGGCAGCCAAGCUGAUCCACACCAUGGAUGACCGCACUCAGCUGUGGGGGGCUGGGGAGGCCCGGCCCGCCUCUGAAGUCUCGCCCCAGGGCCUGCCUUCCCAGAAUCCCAUCCUCAAGAACAUCACCGACUACCUGAUCGAAGAAGUGAGCGCUGAAGAGGAGGAGCUGCUUGGCAAAAGUGGGGAGCCGUCUGAGGAGCCCCCCAAGGAGGGAAACCCGGCAGAAAUCACGGUGGAAAGAGACGAAAAGCUCGUCAAGGUGCUGGACAAGUUGCUGCUCUACCUGCGCAUCGUCCACUCGGUGGAUUAUUACAACACCUCCGAGUACCUCAACGAGGACGAGAUGCCCAACCGCUGUGGGAUUAUCCAUGUGCGGGGGCCCAUACCCCCCAACCGCGUCACACACCGGGAAGUGGCCGAGUGGCAGAAGACCUUUGAGGAGAAGCUGACCCCUUUGUUCAGCGUCCGCGAAUCCCUCUCGGAAGAGGAAGCCCAGAAGAUGGGCAAGAAGGACCCGGAGCAGGAAGUGGAGAAGUUUGUCACGGCCAACACCCAGGAGCUGGGGAAGGACAAGUGGCUGUGCCCUCUCAGCGGGAAGAAGUUCAAGGGCCCUGAGUUUGUGCGCAAGCACAUCUUCAACAAGCAUGCAGAGAAGAUUGAGGAGGUGAAGAAGGAAGUGUCUUUCUUCAACAACUUCCUCAUGGACGCCAAGAGGCCCACCUUGCCGGAGCUCAGACUCAACCAGCCGCCCGUACCUGGACAAGGCCUGGCUCCGGGGUUACCUUACCCACCCCAGGCCCCCCAGGGACUGAUGCCCUAUGGACAGCCCCGGCCUCCCAUCCUGGGGUAUGGAGGUGGCCCGCCAUACCCUCCCGCCCCCUAUGCAGCCGGAAGGGGGAACUACGACACCUUCAGGGGGCAGGGGGGAUAUCUGAACAAACCACGGAACAGGAUGGUUCGAGGCGACCCUCGUGCGAUCGUAGAGUACCGAGACCUGGAUGCCCCCGAAGACGUGGAUUUCUUUUAAGUGAGAGCCCUUCCCAGUUGGAGUUGAAUUCUUUUCCUCUCAAGAAUUUUUUUAAAAAUAAUGCAGUUGUCCUGCUUGCCCCCUCCCUGUGUGCUCGUGUCCCCCCGCCAAGCCCUCCAAACCUAUCUUUUUAGAAUGUGUCUCCUGCGCUGUGUGUAUUUCAUGUUUUGGUUCCAGUCGCCGUUCAAUAAACUCCCCCUAGAAUGCCAA